CGAUCGCUCACGCGGCCUCCUCCAGAACCUCAAAAACCUAGCGAUCCCGGUCCGACCUCCAAAAGAGUUCGAUUUCCACAAUCAAGGAAGCCCUAACGAUCUCACAACGCUCAGAGCUCAUCAAACAUCAACAUAUGGAUCAACUAAGGAAGCGCCCGUAUCCAUUUUCUGGAGAAGUAAAUUUUGUACAAGAGGAGGACACACGACUGGAGACAACAAGAGCAAGAUUAUCAAAAGUUCUAAGGAGGCAUGAAGAAUUGAAGGAACGCCUUUCAAGGGAUUCAGAUAAAAUGAUAUUUCUGCGUUUGCAAAAAGAAUUUGAAGCUGCAAGAGCUGCUCAAACUGAAGAAAUAUCUUUGGAAGGUGAUCAGUGGAAUGAUGGGCUUCUUGCCACAAUCCGGGAGAAGGUUCAUAUGGAAGCUGAUAGAAAGGCAACAUUGAGCGAGGCAAGCAUGCCAACAGAUCCUCAUUUUCAGGCAAAGGUUACUUAUAGGAUUGGUAACAAGGUAAUUUGUUGUCUCGAUGGUUCGAGGUUUGGGAUACAGUACGAAACAUUUUUUGCUGGGGAACCAUGUGAAAUUUAUCAUUGUGUUCUUGAGAGCAAAUCAUUCCUUGAGAAAAUGAGUGUAGUUGAACAUACUAUUCCUUUCUUUCUCCCUAUACGAGAAGCAGAAAAUGAUCUACUCUCUUCUGAUGCAAAGAAAUUCAUUGACUAUAUUGGAGAAGUUUUGGAUUGUUAUGUGGAGAGAAGAGAGCAGGUUCGCCUUAUUAAGGAGCUCUAUGGAAACCAAAUCGGGGAUUUGUACCAUAGUCUUGCUUACAAUUUGAUUGAAUUUGUAUUGGAUGACUUUGAUUGCAAGGUGACUGUCAGUCUUAGAUAUGCCGAUCUUGUUUCUGUAUUGCCAAGUAGAAUCAGAGUGCUAGCAUGGCCUGUUCAUCCUUCAAAGAAGAUUUCAACAAUAGAGAGGAAAGGGUUUGGCACAACACUAGUUCAGUCUGUUCCGUCUCGCCUUUCUUAUGCUGAGGAUGCACUGAGAACCAUGAGCUUGCCAGAAGCAUAUGCUGAAAUUGUGCUGAAUCUGCCCCAAGUGCUCCGGAAGCUAUUUCCUCAUCUUGGAGGGUUAUAACAAGUUCAUACCGGCACAUCACGUAAAAUAAUAUGCUGCUGAAGUCUUUUGCGAUUUCACUUUGAAACAGAAAAGCAAAAGUUACUUACUGGAACCAUGCUGCUGGAUGUGGUAAAUCAUAAGAACACGUUGUUGAACAUCGAUAGGUAUUUUGGAUAGCGUUAAGUUUCACAUUGCGAAGCUUGCUUGUUUUAGCUUUGCUACUCCUGCAGUCACAGGUUGCAUUACUAACUCUGGUUCCAGAGUGGUUCCUUGUAUAUUGUUCUGAUUGCGAACUAUUUCCUUUAUGUGCCUAUUCUAUAUGUAAUGAUUUUGGUUUUUCUUUGUAUGUUUUUUCUUUUCUAUGAAAAAUUUGAGUUCCUACCGCGAUGGCGUUGAUUAAGUCGAA